UUAUCCACACAGAAAUUAAUUUUCUCCUGAUUUUAUAUUUAUCGCCUCGACCCCUUUGUUCAGACAAAAAUAAUUUUCGAUCCUUUUUCAGUUUCCCUCUCUUUUCGCUUCCUUUGGAGGGAAAAAGCCUCAAAACCAUAUUCCCUGUUUAAAUCUAGGGUUUUAGUUAGUUCAAGUUCACUGUCGUCUUGUUUCUUUAAUUUCUCAGCUUACUGGAUAUGUCAUUCUUAUUAAUUUCACCAGCUGAGUUAUUGUAACUUGAAGUUCUGAUCUGCUCAUGCUCGAUUUUGCAUCAGGAUACUCUGCUCAGUACGGUCUCCAAUUUAGGAUUGCUCUGCUGGUAGGGAUAGCCUUCUGAAAUUUGUAAUAUCCUUCCAGCAGAAAUGCAAACCAAGAAAAGGGUUUCUGGUAGAAAUUCUUCUAGAGAGCAUGUCAGUCCAAGAAUUUCAAGAACUCAGAAAAAGGCUCCUGAUAAUGUACAACCUUGUCAAAAAAAAGUCACAGAGCUCAUUACAUCUUCAGCACGAAAGCAAAGAUGUGUAGGCAGUCUUCCAAGGAAUAAUGGGGAGCCUGUUGCAACUACGAAAUUGAAUAAUGUAACCAGCUCAGAGCCCAAUGACACAUCCAAUGGUGCUGCUUUAUGUGAUCUGGGGGAUCGGGAGGGUUGUGAUGAGGAACCAUGUAUAUUUUCUCCUGCUUUUCGCAUAUCAACAAUUGCUGGAGGGGAAAUUGCCAAUGAAGUUAACUUCAUCAAAGUGUUUCGGAGUGGGGACCAGAAAUUACUUGAGGAUUGUGGAACAUACCGUUCAACAGUUGAUAUUCAAGAUGGCCAUGUUACUCGAGAUGCUUUUGAAUCUACUUCUGGAGAAGACGAGGAGACAUGCCAUAAUGACAUAGGAGUUAAUACAAACACAUCAUCCACAAUAUUUUCUACUGAUACAAAUAUUGUGAAUUCUUCCAAUGUAGAUUCAGGAGGAGUUGGCCUUUCAUCUGAAGUUUCAGCUAUAUAUCUUGCUAUGAAGAAUUCAAAAUUGGAGUGCAUUGAUGAGUAUGAUCAAGAUUGCAUGUCAACUAGGGAGGAUGAUUAUGAGGAAUUUGAUGAUUUUGACCCCUAUUUAUUCAUAAAGAACCUGCCUGAGUUGUCAUCAGUUGUCCCCACAUUUCGGCCAAUGUUGCUUCCUAGACAGACGCGUAGCUGCCCUUCUACCACUCUUGUUUUAGAUUUAGAUGAGACUCUGGUGCACUCCACACUAGAACCUUGUGAUGAUGUAGACUUCACGUUUCCUGUGAACUUUAACCUCCAGGAGCAUACAGUCUAUGUUCGGUGUCGUCCUUACCUCAAAGAUUUUAUGGAGAAAGUUUCCAGUCUUUUUGAGAUCAUUAUAUUUACAGCUAGUCAAAGUAUUUAUGCGGAGCAACUUCUAAAUGUGCUUGAUCCAAAGAGGAAAAUAUUCCGCCACCGUGUUUACCGCGAAUCAUGUGUUUUUGUUGAGGGGAACUACCUCAAAGAUCUCUCAGUUCUUGGCCGUGAUUUAUCUCGUGUUAUUAUAAUUGACAACUCUCCUCAGGCAUUUGGUUUCCAAGUGGACAAUGGUAUUCCUAUUGAUAGCUGGUUUGAUGAUCGUUCAGAUCAAGAGUUGCUUUUAAUACUUCCAUUUUUGGAGAGCUUAGUAGGGGUUGAAGAUGUUAGGCCAUUGAUUGCUAAAAAAUACAAUCUUAGGGAGAAAAUUGCUGCAGCUGCUUAUCCUCCUAUAAAUUCGAAUUUGGGAGAUCCUUUGGAAAGGUGAGCUUCAAUGUGAAUUCCAAGUUUCUAAUGAGGCUGUCCUAUGUUAUUAAACAAUUUAAUUUGAGGAAAAUCCAAUUCUCUUUGUUGAGAAAUCCCCUGGAAUACUUAAAAUUUCAAAUUCAAGUGUGAUUCUAACCAGAUAGAAUGAAUGUGUUGAUUGUUGUAAUUGUGCUUGAGUUGGAACCUUCCUGUGAGGAAGAUGGUUCAUUAUAGUUGAUACAAUUCAAGUUAGCUGGAAUAAAGAUAUUCUCUGGUUUAAUACACAUGUACUGUGAAAGGCUGUUAUCUUACAUGGAACUACCACAAUUUGAAACAACAA